AACAUUUUCCCCAUCUAAUCUCCUUGCUCAAGCUUAGACAUGGCCAGACCACCGUUCUAAUCUCCAUCGGAGCUUCAGGGAAGACUUCACAGUUAUCUUCAUUAGAGACUCUCCAGCUCAGAUCUGCUUUGCCGAUAGGUUCCUCCUUCAUCUCUGCCAUCCAGUUAUUCCUCCAUCUUCGCCGCCCAAUCCUUCCUUCACUCCGACCGCCUCUGUUGGCCGAUUCUAUCUCCAGUCACCAUGGAGAACUACUCCUACCCUUCCUAUAUGGAUUCCAGCGUCUCCUCCCCUAUUCCCCCUAUUUCUGUGAAAUCGACUUCAAUAUCCUCUCUAGGAUGAUUCUAAUAAGCCCCUUCCUCCCAAUUUCAAGGUCAAGUUCGAUGUCCUUUAAGUUUUACGUUACCUGCUCUGCUAUUGAGCUAUUAUCAGAACUUAUUGUUGGUUUAAUGACUAUUUAUUGUCUAUGUAUUGUCUGCUAUUGAGCUAUUGUUAGAACUUAUUGUCUGUUUAUUGACUACUUUUGUCUAUGUAUUGUCUAGUGUUUGCAAGUUUGAGUUUGGAUCUGGUUUCUUCAAAUGUUUUGCAUAGUACCUAAUGGCUUUGUGAAACUAUGAAAUAGAAGUUCGAAAUUGGCAAAAUCAAUGUCCAAAAUCAGGAAAGAAGAGGAAGAAGAAGAAGAAGAAGAGGAGGAGGAGGAGAAGGAGGAGGAAGAAGAAGAUGAGGAAGAAGAGGAGGAAGAAGAAACCUCUGGCGGUGGCGUCUGAUGAAGUCAACCGGAGCAGCUUGAUUUCGAAAUAUAUGGAUCUGGUGAAGUCGAUUUGGAAGCUCUCCGUCAAGUUUGCUGCGAAGAUUGAAGCUCAUCGGUGUCAAAAUUUUCUUCCAGAAAAAGCUCUUCGUUUGGGUCCUCGUCAAAGGCAACAUCGUCCGCUAGGGGAUUUACUAUCUGAUUUUAUAUUAAGGGUAGAAUGGUCAAAACAAAGGCACUUAUGUCCUGCGCCAUCAGUUUCUAAUCCUAAAUUUGGAAAGUUUAUACGUUUUGGUCUUAUUUGUAGAAAUCUCUCCCAAAAUUUGGUGAUAGUUUUAUUAUCUGGCCCAUAUGAUAUUGAGAGAUGGAAAUAUUGACUUACCCACUCUAUCGGUAAUUUUGUGAUGUUCACUUAGCAUUGCUCUUAGAAUUUUCC